AAAAUAGCCCGCCUCGUUUAUCAUAUAUUUAUUUUAUUUUACAUUUGUAUUUAUUAAGAAUUAUUAGUUAUUUAACUUGGGUAACUUGGGUUAAAGAUCCCCGAUCGAUCCCCGGCUGUCGGCGCUGGCCGAAGCUGCACGAUGCCCCGUUCCAACCUUUGUUCCAACCUUGUUCUGCUUGUUGCGCUUGUUGCGCUUGUUGCGCUGUGCCUGGAAACAGCUCAACCCAAGCUCCAGGGAACUAAGUGUGGACAGAUAGAUAACUUAUUUACUUGCCAAAUACAUUCGUUGCUUUUAUUCACUUUUGGAAAGCUUUAACUUCCCGCUUGCUGCCUCCAUCGUUUGUUUCGUGAAGCUUCUUUCUUCCGGACCAUCUAUAGAUUAUUCUGCAGAGUUACUUACACCCGCUCUUCUUCUCUUCUCUUUAAUCUAUACCUCUCGUCUCUUCUUUCUUUCUUUCUUUCUUUCUUUCUUUCUUUCUUUCUUUCUAAUCUAUAUAUCCAUCCCUCUUGGUUAAUUCCUGCGGGGUUAAUCGCCUACCACCAACCCAUAUCGAAAGACCGAAAAAGGAAGAAAAAAGGGAAACAAUGACGUCGAGAUUGGCCGCUGCUCGCUAUGGCAAGGACAAUGUCCGCGUCUGCAAGGUGCAUCGCAACGAGAAGACGGGCGUCCACACCGUCGUCGAGAUGACAGUAUGCGUCUUACUCGAGGGGGAUAUUGAGACAUCCUACACCAAAGCCGACAACAGCGUCGUCGUCGCUACAGACUCCAUGAAAAACACUAUCUACAUCAUGGCCAAGCUACACCCAGUCACCCCGCCUGAGCUCUUUGCGUCCAUCCUCGGCUCCCACUUCACAACCACAUACCCGCACAUCCACACCGCACACGUCGACAUCACUGCCAUCCGCUGGACCCGCAUGACCAUCGACGGUAAACCGCAUCCACACUCCUUUUUCCGCGACGGCACAGAUACCCGCAACGUCUCCGCCACCGUCACCGAUGGCACCACCACCACCACCACCACCACCAAACACGGCACACCAACCAUAAAACUCACCUCCUCCAUCGCCGCCCUCUCCGUUCUCAAAAGUACAAACUCCCAAUUCCACAACUUCAUCCGCGACGAGUACACCACCCUGCCCGAAACCUGGGACCGGAUCCUCAGCACAGACGUCGACGCAAGCUGGACCUGGCAGCCCUUCGCCUCCGUGGACGCCGUGAAGCGCGCCGCGCCGCAAUUCGACGAAACCUGGCGCGCCGUCCGGGACAUCACGAUGCGGACCUUUGCGCACGAUAAUAGCGCCAGCGUGCAGAAUUCCAUGUACAAGAUGGCGGAGCAGAUCUUGGCCGUGCAGCCGUUGCUAGAGACGGUGGAGUAUGCGUUGCCGAAUAAGCAUUAUUUUGAGAUUGACCUGAGCUGGCACAAGGGCCUGAAGAACACGGGUAAAGAUGCGGAGGUCUACGCACCGCAGUCGGGGCCGAACGGUCUUAUCAAAUGCACUGUGGGUCGGGCCGGAGUGGACGGUCGGGAAAUACCGAAGUUAUAGAAAUGUUAGAUCAAGGGGGAGAGGUGGGGAGGAGGCGGAUUUUGGGAAGUUAGCGGUGGAGGGAGAGAAGAAGCAAAUGAGCGAGAGAAGAUGAUAUGUAAUCAGGAUACUUUUCUAGGUUUCCUGUUAUUUUUCUUUUUAUAUUUAUGGUCUCUUUGCGAGUUAUUUUACACUAUCUAUAUAAAUACAUGUGCAGUGCAUACAUGACUUGUGCCCUCCGGCGAACCCGCGACCAUUCAACAAAACAGGGCUUAGGCAGUGGAGAGAUAGUAGAGAUUUUUGAAAGUUACACCGAUUUUGUUGAUAUCAAGUCUUAGUUUAGUGUACAUGAAAGAACAAAGAGAAAUUUGUUCAACCCGAUUGUAUAUACUCCCUGUAUGCAAAACAAUAAAAAACAAAAAAUAAGAAAGG